AUGGCAUAUCAGUUUUCCACCUCUGACAUCAUCACCACCCCUCAUGAGCCGUCCUCUGGCUCCUCUCACCAGUUCCCCAGAAUUCUCCGCCUCCCCCCUUUCCCUUCCGAUUCCCCUCCCAGUCCCCCUCCACCUUACCACUCCACCCAGGACCAGGACCAGACCCCUGACAGCACUCCUCAGGAGUUUGAGGAGGAGUUUGUGGAGGAGCAAAAUAAUGCUGCAGAUGUGCCCCAGUUGCGGCGUUACUUUGAAAACCAAGGGACAACCAACUUCUCUCUGAGGCUGGCCGGUAUCAGACGUGCUAUGGAGGCUCUGACAUCCUCAGACAGUACCUCCCUCAAUUACCUCACCCACGCUGGGAGGAUGGUGUUGAGUGGACUAUCCGAGCUCAACCAGCAGGAUGUGAGGCAGUUUCAGCAGGCCUACGACCUACUGGUGAACUUCAUUAAUGAGCCAGCAAACAGGGAGCGACUAGAGCAGGAGAUGGCUCUCGUAGGAAUCGACCGCAUCAACUUCGCAGAUGUUUUUUAUGAAUUCGUUCUACUAAGCCUUCUAGAAGGAAAGACAUCUCUUCCUAUAUCUAAGCCUGGUAGCUUCCUUUAUCUGCUCCUGCAAGUCAUAAUGAGGAUUGACCCUCCUGGAGGAGCCUGGACAGAGGCUGCUGAGAACUUCUACCUCCUCGUUAAGGGCCAGAUGAAGGCAUGGCUAGAAUCCAUCUUCAACCUCAAUGAGUCAAUCUAUGAAAGCCCAGAGAGGCUCUCGGGGAGGUGA